AUGCUGCUCCCCGCCCUUUUUGGGAUGCUAUGGGCAUUGGCUGAUGGGCGGUGGUGUGAACGGAUAGAGACCGUCCACGUGGAAGAGGAAGUAGCCCCUCGUCAGGAGGAUGUGGUGCCCUGUACCAGCCUCUACUAUUACAGCCGCCUCGGCUGGAGGCUGGACCUGCCUUGGAGUAGUGGAUCGGGGCUCACCAGGCCCCCGGCGGCUGGGCUCUGUACCAUCUACAAGCCCCCCGAAACCCGGCCUGUCACACGGAACAGUACAGUGAGGGUUUGCUGCCCAGGCUGGGGAGGCACCCACUGCACUGAGGCCAUUGCUGAAGCCAGGAAUGACAGCCACUGCUUUGCCACACGGCAGUGCCAGCCUCUGGCAGACUCCAGGAACGCUUCGGCGGGAAGCCUGGGGGAGUGCUGCGCCCAUUCCUGGGGUCGCAGCUGGUGGGACGGGGGUUCCCAGGCCUGCCUCCGCUGUUCCAGCCCGCGCCUUCCAGGCAACAGCUCCGCCGCAGCCCUCCUGCAGCCCCUUGCCGGGGCUGUGGGCCAGCUCCGGAGCCAGCACCAGCAUCCCUCGGCCACCUGUGCCACCUGGUCCGGUUUCCACUACCGCACUUUUGAUGGGCGUCAUUACCACUUCCUGGGCCGCUGCACCUACCUGCUGGCGGGCGCUGUGGAUUCCUCCUGGACGGUGCACCUCAGGCCUGGGAGCCACUGCCCCCAGCCUGAGUCCUGUCAGCUGGUCCAGGUGAUGAUGGGUUCAGAUGAGGUGCUGGUCCAGGCUGGAAACGUCUCUGUGAACGGGCAGCUCGUACCCAGUGGGGAACCGCGGCUGCUCCAUGGGCUCAGCCUGCAGUGGCAGGGAGACUGGCUGGUGCUGUCCGGAGGCCUGGGGGUUGUUGUGCGGCUGGACAGGACCAGUUCCAUCUCCAUCUCUGUGGACUCUGAACUCUGGGGACAAACGCAGGGCCUCUGUGGGCUCUACAAUGGCCAGCCUGAGGAUGACUUUUGGGAGCCUAGUGGGGGCCUGGCCAUGCUAGCUGCCACUUUUGGGAAUUCCUGGAGGGUUCCUGGCUCUGAGCCUGAGUGUCCGGAUGCAGUGGAGGUGGCCCAGGGAUGUGCGGGCCCUCUGGGGGGCACAGAGGCAGGCAUGGAAGUUGGCCAACUGCAGGCGGAAGCCCAGGAUGUGUGCCACCAACUGCUGGAGCCUCCAUUCCAGCAAUGCCAUGCACAGGUUUCCCCGGAUGAGUACCACGAGGCCUGCCUCUUCUCCUACUGUGCCAGAGCCACAGCGGGCGGUGACCGAGAGAGCCGGCGCUCGGCUGUGUGCGACACCUUUGCCAGCUAUGCCCAGGCCUGUGCCAGACAGCGUAUCUACCUGCACUGGAGGACGCCUGGCUUCUGCGAACGCCUGUGCCCAGGAGGCCAGCUCUACUCGGACUGCGUCUCACCCUGCCCACCCAGCUGCUCUGCCGUGGGCCCAGGCGAGGACGGGUCCUGCGGGGAAGAAUGUGUGAGUGGCUGUGUGUGCCCGCCUGGCCUCUUCUGGGAUGGUGCCCUCUGUGUGCCCGCUGCCCGCUGCCCUUGCUACCACCGGCGCCAGCGCUACGCCCCCGGGGACGUCGUACACCAGCUCUGCAACCCAUGUGUCUGCCAGGAGGGCCGCUGGCACUGUACCCAGGCUCUGUGCCCUGCCGAGUGUGCCGUAGGUGGUGAUGGACAUUACUUCACCUUCGAUGGGAGGAGCUUCUCCUUCCGCGGUGGCCCAGGCUGCCGCUACAGCCUAGUGCAGGACUCUGUGCAAGGCCAGCUGCGGGUCGUACUGGAGCACGGGGCCUGUGACUCUGGGAGCUGCCUCCACGCCCUCUCUGUCUCCCUGGGUGACACUCACAUCCAGCUCAGGGACUCAGGUGCCGUGCUGGUGGAUGGGCAAGAUGUCCACUUGCCCUGGUCUGGUGCUGGGGGAGUCCAGGCCUCCCACGCCUCCUCCGCCUUCCUGCAGCUACGCUGGCCUGGAGCUCGGGUCCUCUGGGGAGUAGCCAGCCCUGCUGUCUACAUCACCCUCCAUCCCCGCCACGCCCACCGGGUGCUGGGGCUGUGUGGCACCUUCACCUGGACCCAGCAAGAUGACUUCCUGACGCCCGCUGGGGACAUGGAGACCAGCAUCCCCGCCUUUGCUAGCAAGUUCCAAGUGUCUGGUGAUGGAAGCUGCCCCUCCGUGGACAGUACCCUGCUCGCUCCUUACAACAGCCACCUGCAGCACCUCCCAAAAGCGGAGGCGGCCUGUGCCAUCCUACACAGCCCAACCUUCCAGGAGUGCCACGGGCUGGUAGACAGGGAGCCGUUCCGGCUGCGCUGCCUGGCGGCUGUGUGGGGCUGCGCCCCUGGCCGGGAAUGCCUGUGCACCGUGCUGUCCGCCUACGCGCACCGCUGUGCCCAAGAGGGGGCCCGGCUGCGUUGGAGGAACCAGACUCUGUGCCCUGUCGUGUGUCCUGGUGGCCAGGAGUAUCGGGAGUGUGGCCCCACGUGCGGUCACCACUGCGGGGAGCCAGAGGAUUGUGAGGAGCUGGGUGGCUGUGUGGCAGGCUGUAACUGCCCCCCGGGGCUUCUGUGGGACCCUGAGGGCCAGUGUGUGCCCCCCAACUUAUGCUCCUGCCAGCUUGGAGCCCGCCGCUAUGCCCCUGGCAGUGUCACCGUGAGGGACUGCAACCACUGCAUCUGUCAGGAAAGAGGCCUCUGGAAUUGCACAGCUCACCACUGCCCCCCACUGCAGACAGUCUUCUGUCCCCAGGAGCUCAUCUAUGCUCCCGGUGCCUGCCUCCUUACCUGCGACAGCCCCAGUGCCAACCAGAGCUGCCCAGCUGGCAGCACGGACGGCUGUGUCUGCCCCCCGGGCACUGUGCUACUGGCUGAGCGCUGUGUGCCUCCGGAGCUCUGUCCCUGCCGGCACAGUGGGCAGUGGUACCCGCCUAAUGCCACCAUCCAGGAGGACUGCAACACUUGCGUGUGCCAGGGUCGGCAGUGGCAUUGCACAGGUCAUCGGUGCAGCGGACGGUGCCAGGCCUCGGGUGCCCCCCACUAUGUGACGUUUGAUGGGUUGGCCUUCACCUUCCCGGGGGCCUGUGAGUACCUGCUGGUGCGAGAGGUCAGCGGCCACUUCAGCGUCUCCGCCCAGAACCUGCCCUGCGGGACCAGUGGCCUCACCUGUACCAAGUCCCUGGUUGUCCGUGUGGAGAACACUGCCGUGCACCUGCUCAGAGGCAGGGCAGUGAUGGUGAAUGGGGUGAGCGUCCGACUCCCCAAGGUCUACACAGGCCCAGGGCUGAGCUUGCGCCACGCCGGCCUCUUCCUGCUGCUGACCACGCGCCUGGGCCUCACCCUGCUCUGGGAUGGAGGCACCCGGGUACUGAUACAGCUGAGCCCCCGCUUCCGUGGCCGCGUGGCCGGGCUGUGUGGAGACUUCGACGGCGAUGCCAGUAACGACCUGCGGAGCCGCCAGGGAGCCCUGGAGCCCAUGGCGGAGCUGGCUGCCCAUUCCUGGCACCUCAACCCCCUCUGCCCAGAGCCAGGAGACCUACCGCACCCCUGCACCGUGAACGGCCAGCGAGCGCCCUGGGCCCGGGCCCGCUGUGGAGCGAUACUGCACCCACUCUUUGCCCCUUGUCACGCCGAGGUGUCCCCGCAGCAGUACUAUGAGUGGUGUGUGUACGAUGCCUGCAGCUGUGAUUCUGGCGGUGACUGUGAGUGCCUGUGCUCGGCCAUCGCCACCUAUGCUGACGAGUGUGCCCGGCGUGGACGCCAUGUGCACUGGCGCAGCCAGGAGCUCUGCCCCCUGCAGUGUGAAGGGGGACAGGUGUACGAAGCCUGUGGUCCCACGUGUCCCCCCACCUGCCACCACCUCCAUCCAGAGCCUGGAUGGCACUGCCAAGCUGUGGCCUGUGUGGAGGGCUGCUUCUGUCCCGAGGGGACGCUGCUGCACGGAGGCGCCUGCAUGGAGCCGGCCGCCUGUCCCUGCGCGUGGGGGGACAGCUUCUUCCCGCCGGGCGCUGUGCUGCACAAGGACUGCGGGAAUUGCACGUGUCGGGAGAGUCAGUGGCACUGUGAGGAAGACGGUGCCGCCUGUGAAGAGCCGAUGCCCAGCUGCGCCGAGGGAGAGGCGCCGUGCCAGGAGAGUGGCCACUGUGUGCCCCGCGAGUGGCUUUGUGACAACCAGGAUGACUGUGGCGAUGGCUCCGAUGAGGAGGGCUGCGCCACGCCAGGCUGUGGGGAAGGACAGAUAUCCUGCCACUCCGGCCACUGCCUGCCCCUGGCCCUGCUCUGCGAUGGACAGGAUGACUGUGGAGAUGGCACCGAUGAGCAAGGCUGCCCGUGCCCCUCCGGCUCCCCGGCCUGUGCUGACGGGCGCUGCCUGCCCCUGGCCCUGCUGUGCGACGGUCGUGCGGAUUGUCCAGACGCUGCGGAUGAGGAGUCCUGUCUGGGCCGGGUAAACUGCGCCCCGGGGCAGGUGUCCUGCAUUGAUGGAGGUUGCAUAGACGCCCUCCGGUUGUGUGAUGGCGUCUGGGACUGCCCGGAUGGAGCGGAUGAGGGGCCUGGGCACUGCCUCCUGCCCUCUCUGCCCACGCCUCCUGCAGACACCGUGCCCGGCCCCUCCACUUCAAGUCCCUGGGGCAGCGCCAGUCCUGCGCCCCCCUGCGGCCCCUUGGAGUUCCGGUGUGGCAGCGGCGAAUGUGCCCCACGGGGCUGGCAGUGUGACCAGGAGGAGGACUGCGAGGACGGCAGCGACGAGCUGGGCUGCCGGGGGCCCUGUGCUCCGCCCCACGUGCCCUGUGCCCACGGCCCCCACUGCGUGUCCCCGGAGCAGCUGUGCGACGGCCUGGCACAGUGCCCCGACGGCUGGGACGAGCACCCAGACACCUGCGACAGUCUGUCAGCCCCACAAGGCCCCAACGAGACCGGGACCCCGUGCCCAGAAUAUGCAUGCCCGAAUGGCACCUGCGUUGGUUUCCAGCUGGUGUGUGACGGGCGUGCGGACUGUGAGUUGGCGGGUGAAGCAGAGCGCUCCCCAGAAGAACAGGGCUGUGGAGCCUGGGGUUCCUGGAGCCCGUGGGAACCGUGCAGCCACACCUGUGGGCCUGGGGUGCAGAGCCGGAGCCGCCAGUGCUCCCCAGUCCACCUCCCAGCCCUGCAGCUCUGCCUGGGGCCCGGGCAGGAGGCUCAGGCCUGCUUCACCGAGGCCUGCCCAGUGGACGGCCGAUGGAGCUCCUGGUCUCCAUGGUCCCUGUGCUCUGAGCCGUGUGGGGGCACCAUGCUGCGGCACCGCCAGUGCCACCCGCCCCAGAACGGGGGCCGGGCCUGCGGCCUGCUGCCUGGGGACCCCCACAGCGCCCACCAGACCCAGCCCUGUCCUCAGGAGGGCUGUCCCAAUGCCACCUGCUCUGGGGGGCUGGUGUUCUGGCGCUGUGCCCCUUGCCCUUUGACCUGCGAGGACAUCUCUGGCCAGGCCACGUGCUCUCCUGACAGGCCGUGUAGCAGCCCAGGCUGCUGGUGCCCAGCAGGCCAGGUGAGGGGCAGUGAGGGGCGCUGCGUGCGGCCCCGGGACUGCCCCUGCCUGGUUGGGGGCGCCCGCUACUGGUCUGGGCAGCGGAUCAAGUGGGAUUGCCAGCUGUGCACCUGCCAGCACGGGCAGCCGAGACGCUGCAGGCCCAGCCCUGACUGUGCGGUGGACUGUGGCUGGUCCUCCUGGUCCCCCUGGGCAGAGUGCCUGGGUCCCUGCGGCAGCCAGAGUGUCCAGUGGUCCUUCCGGAGCCCCACAAACCCACGCCUCUCCGGUCGAGGCCAGCAGUGCCGUGGCAUCCACCGCAAGGCCCGCAGGUGCCAGACAGAGCCAUGCGUGGGCUGUGCGCAGCGGGGCCUUGAGCAUCGCGUGGGGGAGCGCUGGCGUGAGGGCCCGUGCCGCGUGUGCCAGUGCAUGCACAAUGGCACCACAAGCUGCUCCCCCUACUGCCCCCUAGGCAGCUGCCCUCAGGGAUGGGGCCUGGUGGAGGGAGCGGGAGAAUCAUGCUGCUACUGUGCCCCGCCCGAAGAGAGCCAGGCUGAGCCCCUGGUGGCCCCUCCUGCGCCUGCUCCAGCCCCCAGCUCGCAGAUCGGAGCUCCUCUGGUUACCUAUGUCCUGCCUCCACCGGGAGAUCCCUGCUAUUCUCCCCUGGGCCUGGCCCAGCUGCCCAAGGGGAGCCCAGCGCAGGAGCCCCUCACCUCGGCUGCGCCCCCAGGAGCUCCCACUGAGGGGUCUGGCCUUGGAGACCAUGCUGAGUGGCACACCCGGCCGCCCUACCUGCAGCUGCACCUUCUGAGGCCCCGGAACCUGACUGGCAUCAUCGUGCAGGGGGCUCGUUCCUCCCCCACGAACGCCGCCAGCUUCUCGCUCCAGUUCAGCAGUGAUGGUCGACACUGGCACAACUACCAUGACAUCCUGCCCGGCACCUUGCCCUCACCCCAGGCUUUCCCUGAGAACUGGGCCAAUGUGGACCUGGAGGCAUGGAUGUUUGGCCAGGUAGUGCAGGCGAAGUACGUCAGGAUGUGGCCACAGGAUGCCUGGCAGGGUGCUGUCCAGCCCCGCCCCUUCCUGUGGGCGGAGCUACUGGGCUGUGAGCCAGUCUCUCCCCCAGCGCCUCUGUGCCCAGAAGCUGGGCACCUCUGCGCCGGCGGUGAGUGUGUCCUGACGGGCAGCCGGUGUGACGGGGUUGUGGACUGCGAGGACGGCUCUGAUGAGCAGGGCUGCGGGCCCUGGCCUGCCCACACUGGCAGUGUCCCUUCCACAGCCGUGACUCCAGCUCCCCCCUCCUCCCCUCCCGGACAGCUUUCCCCUCAACCCAGGGAGCCAACAGCCGUCACCCCCACCUACCCUCCUGGGACCGAGAACCUGCAACCAGGAGCGGCGGCCUUGCUGUCCCCACACCCCGUAGGAACCACUGCUGGUCACAGCAUCCCCCCGAGGCCCUUCCCGCCCAUGCCGCGCCCCGGCCAGACGCCGUGUGAGGUGCUGGGCUGUGUGCGGCAGGGCCGGCUGUGCGAUGGGAGGGAGGACUGUCUCGAUGGCUCUGAUGAGGGGCACUGUGCGAGUGCUGUGCCCUUCACCGUGCCUGCCACAGCCGUGCCUGGGCUGCCCUCCUCGAGAAACCUCUGCUCGUCCAGCCAGCUGAGCUGUGCCAGUGGGGAAUGCCUGCCCGCCCAGCGGCGCUGCGACCUGCACCGCGACUGCCAGGACGGCUCCGAUGAGGAGGGCUGUGCCGACUGCGUGCUCACACCCUGGUCUGGCUGGAGCGGCUGCAGCCGCAGCUGUGGCCUGGGACUCACCGUCCGGCGCCGGGAGCUGCUGCGGCCUCCGCUGCCCGGGGGCGGCUGCGCGGCGGAGCAGCUCCACAGCAAGCCCUGCUUCCUGCAGGCCUGCCCAGUGGCUGGGGCCUGGGCAGACUGGGGCCCCUGGGGCCCCUGCAGUGUCUCCUGUGGGGGUGGCCACCAGAGUCGUCAGAGAAGCUGCGUGGACCCCCCUCCCAAGAAUGGCGGUGACCCCUGCCCCGGGGCGUCCAGAGAAAGGGCACCCUGUGGGUUACAGCCCUGCCCUGGCGACAGAGACUGUGGGCUGGGCCGUGUGCUUGUGACAGCUGAGCUGUGCCAGAAGGGGCUAGUGCCCCCGUGCCCGCCCUCCUGCCCGGACUCCCAGGCCAACAGAAGCUGUGGUGGACAUUGUGUGGAAGGAUGCCGCUGUCCCCCGGGGCUCCUCCUGCAGGACUCACACUGCCUUCCCCUCUCGGACUGUCCCUGCCUGGUGGGUGAAGAGCUCCGCCCACCAGGACCCGCCUUCCUCCUGGACAACUGCAGCCAGUGCACUUGUGAGAAGGGUACGCUGCUGUGCCAAGCAGCGGGCUGCCCCCAGGCCUGCGGCUGGUCAGCCUGGUCGCCCUGGACUCCCUGCGACCGCUCCUGCGGCUCCGGAGUGAGGACCAGGUUCAGGUCUCCUUCCAACCCUCCCGCAGCUUUUGGGGGUGCCUCAUGUGAGGGUGACAGGCAGGAACUACAGGCCUGCCACACAGAGUGUGAGACAGAGGUGCUGGGCUGGACACCCUGGAUGCCGUGGUCUUCCUGCUCCCAGAGCUGCCUCCUCCCCGGCGGGAGCCCAGGCCGGCGGCAGCGUUUCCGGCUCUGCCCUGGCCCCGCAGACACGGCCUGCCCCGGGGAGGCCGCCCAGGAGGAGCCGUGCAGCCCUGCUCUGUGCCCAGCGCCCAGCGGCUGGGGCCUGUGGGCUUCCUGGUCCCCCUGCUCAGCUCCCUGUAAUGGCGGCAUCCAGACGCGAGGGCGGCACUGCUCUGCUUUCGUGCCUGGGAAUUCCACCUGUCCAGGACCCCACAGCCAGACACGGGACUGCAAUCCACAGCCCUGCGCAGCCCAGUGCCCAGGGGACAUGGUGUUCCGUUCAGCAGAGCAGUGCCACCAGGAGGGGGGUCCGUGUCCUCGGCUGUGCCUGGCCCAGGACCCUGGGGUGGAGUGCACGGGCUCCUGCACCCCCGGCUGCAGCUGCCCUCCGGGCCUCUUCCUGCACAAUGCUAGCUGCCUGCCCCGCAGCCAGUGCCCCUGUCAGCUGUAUGGGCGUCUCUAUGCACCGGGAGCCGUGGCCCACCUGGACUCCUGCAACAACUGCACCUGUGUCUCUGGUGAGAUGGUGUGCACCUUGGAGCUCUGUCCAGUGGCCUGUGGCUGGAGCCCCUGGACCCCAUGGAGCCCCUGCAGCCGCAGUUGCAAUGUGGGCAUCAGGCGGCGUUUCCGAGCAGGCACCGCCCCCCCCGCGGCCUUUGGGGGGGCUGAGUGCCAGGGUUCUAACAUGGAGGCUGAAUUCUGCAGCCUGCAGCCAUGUCGAGGGCCUGCAGUGACGCAGGUCCCACCCCCAGGGGAGUGGGGUCCCUGGGCCCCGUGCUCCGUGCCUUGUGGAGGAGGCUACAGGAACCGCACCCGAGGCGGGAGCCCACACAGCCCGGUGGAGUUCUCCACCUGCAGCCCGCAGCCCUGUGCAGGGCCAGUGGCCGGUGUGUGUCCCAGAGGACAGCAGUGGCUGGACUGCGCCCAGGGCCCCGCCUCCUGUGCAGAGCUCAAUUCCCUGAGAGAGGAUAACCAGACCUGCCACCCUGGCUGCUACUGCCCCCCGGGGGCGCUUCUGCUGAACAAUGUGUGUGUGCCAGCCCAGGACUGCCCCUGUGCCCACGGAGGGCGCCUCCACCCCCCUGGCAGUGCUGUGCAUCGUCCCUGUGAGACCUGCUCCUGCAGCUCUGGGCUCAUUGUCAACUGCAGCUCCCGGCCUUGUGAGGAGGGCCAGCCUGCGUGGUCACCCUGGACCCCUUGGAGUGAGUGCUCGGCUUCCUGUGGGCCCGCCCUACGCCACCGGCACCGAUUUUGUGCCAAGACCACUGGCAUGGCACCCUCUCGCCUGACUCUGCUGCCCCCAUCGGCCAUGCCCACAGCCUUCUGCCCCGGCCCGGAGGCUGAGGAAGAGCCGUGCCUCCUACCAGAGUGUGACCGAGCAGGGGGCUGGGGUGUCUGGGGACCCUGGUCCAGCUGUAGUCGGAGCUGUGGGGGUGGCCUGCGGAGCCGGAGCCGAGCCUGCCAUCAGCCACCACCCCGGGGUCUAGGGGAUUUCUGCGAGGGGCCCCAGGCCCAGGGGGAGGCCUGCCAGACCCGGCCGUGCCCAGGGACCAACUGCACAGCCAUCGAAGGAGCGGAGUACAGCCCCUGUGGGCCUCCUUGCCCUCGCUCCUGUGAGGACCUCGCGCACUGCGAGUGGCACUGCCAGCCCGGGUGCUACUGUCCCCCGGGCCAGGUGCUGAGUGCCGACGGGGCGGUCUGUGUGCCGCCGGGUCACUGUGACUGCCUGGACCUGCUCACGGGGCAGCGGCACCCUCCAGGCGCUCAGUUGGCAAAGCAAGAUGGCUGCAACCACUGCACCUGCUCGGAGGGGAAGCUGAACUGCACAGACCUGCCCUGCCCAGUGCCCGGAGGCUGGUGCCCGUGGUCAGAGUGGACGGCAUGCUCCCAGCCCUGUGUGGGCCAGACAAGGUCCCGCUCCAGGGCCUGUGUGUGCCCAGCCCCCCAGCAUGGGGGCGCCCCGUGCCCUGGAGAGGCAGGAGCCCAGCUUCAGAAGGAGGCCUGCUCCAGCCCUGAAGAAUGCCCAGUGGAAGGAGCCUGGAGCCCCUGGGGACCUUGGUCUCCCUGCGAUGUGUGCUUGGGCCAGUCCCAGAGGAGCCGGACAUGCAGUCAGCCCCCUACUUCUGACGGGGGCAGGCCCUGCCCUGGGGGUCACGAACAGAGUCGCCCUUGUCAGGAGAAUACCACACAAUGUGCAGACUGUGGGGGUGGUCAGGUUCUGCUGCCCUGUGGAUGGCCCUGCCCUCGCUCCUGCCAGGACCUGUCCUCUGGCAGCGUGUGCCAGCCACGCUCUGGAAGCUGCCAGCCCAGCUGUGGGUGCCCUACGGGUCAACUCUCCCAGGAUGGGCUCUGUGUGCCCCCAGCUCGGUGCCGCUGCCAGUACCAGCCUGGAGCCAUGGGGAUGGCUCAGAACCAGAGCCGGUCUGCAGGAUCCAGGUUCAGCUCCUGGGAGAGCCUGGAACCUGGAGAGAUGGUGCUUGGGCCCUGUGACAACUGCACCUGCGUGUCAGGCAUCCUGCAGUGCCACAAGGUGCCUGGCUGCCCAGGGGCUGGUGUGUGGAGUUCCUGGGGUCCCUGGGAAGUCUGCAGCGUUUCCUGUGGGGGAGGGGAGCAGCCCCGUUCCCGGCGCUGUGCCCGACCCCCCUGUCCUGGGCUGGCCCGCCAGAGCCGCCCCUGCCACACGCAGGUCUGCAAAGAGACGGGCUGUCCUGCUGACCGUCUGUAUCGUGAAUGCCAGCCUGGCAGAGGAUGCCCCUUCUCCUGCACCCACAUCACGGGGCAGCUGGCCUGCCUCUCUGACGCCUGUGAGGAGGGCUGCCACUGUCCCGAAGGAACCUUCCAGCAUCAUUUGGCCUGUGUUCAGGAGUGCCCCUGUGUACUGACAGCGGUGCUGCUUCACCAGCUGGGGGCUGCCAGCCCUGUCCUGGAGAUGCACCCGCCCUUCCUAGGAGAAGGGGACCAGCCUCUGGGGCCUGGAGAUGAGCUGGGCUCAGGCCAGAUGCUCCGCAUAGGCUGCAGGAACUGCUCCUGUGUGCACGGACAGCUCUCCUGUUCCAGGGACGACUGCUCCACCGCUGGGAGUGGCUUCAGCGCGUGGGGUCCGUGGGGCCCGUGCUCUCAGUCCUGUGGGGCUCUGGGUACGCGCAGCCGCCGCCGCCUUUGUCUGCACCCCACGCCCACUCCUGGUGGCCUGGCCUGCCGCGGGCCCCUCCAGGACUGGGAAUUCUGCCCCAGCCCAGACUGCCGCGGGGCCAAAAUAUCCACCGUGGAGCCAGCGAGCGACCUUCCAGGUGCCUGGGGCCCAUGGUCGCUGUGGUCCCCCUGCUCUCACAGCUGCACUGACCCUGCCCGCCCUGCCUGGCGCAGCCGCGCACGCCUCUGCCUGGCGAACUGCACCUCGGGGGACCCCUCGCAGGCGCGCCCCUGCAACCUGCCCUCGUGCACAGAGCUGCCUGGCUGUCCUGGCCCUGGCUGUGUGCCAGGGAACUGUUCCUGGACCUCGUGGGCCCCGUGGGAGGCAUGCUCGCGCAGCUGCGGAGUGGGCCAGCAGCGCCGCCUGCGAGCGUACCAUCCUCCUGGGCCCGGUGGCCACUGGUGCCCGGACAUCCUCACCGCCUACCAGGAGCACCGAUUCUGCAACCUGCGUGCUUGCCCGGUGCCUGGAGGCUGGUCACGCUGGAGUCCCUGGUCCUCGUGCGACCGCAGCUGUGGAGGAGGCCAGUCUUUGAGGAGUCGAAGCUGUUCCAGUCCUCCGCCCAAGAAUGGGGGUGCUCCCUGUGUUGGGGGGAGACACCAGGUCCGGCUCUGUAAUCCUAUGGCCUGUGAGGAGGGCUGCCCAGCAGGUAUGGAGCUGGUCACCUGUGCCAACCGCUGCCCGCGCCGCUGCUCAGACCUGCAGGAUGGAGUUGUGUGUCAUGACGGCCAGCCCUGCCAGCCAGGAUGCCGCUGCUCUGAAGGGCUCCUGGAACAGGAUGGGGGCUGUGUGCCUAUUAGGCACUGUGAGUGCACAGAUGCCCAGGGGCACAGCUGGGCCCCAGGGAGCCAGCACCAGGACGGCUGCAACAACUGCUCCUGCCGGGCCGGACAGCUCUCCUGCACCGCCCAGCUCUGCCCACCGCCCGCCCACUGCGCCUGGAGUCGCUGGUCCACCUGGAGUCCUUGUAGCCACUCAUGCGGACCUGCAGGGCGGCAGAGCCGAUUCAGCUCCUCCACGUCAGGAUCAUGGGCCCUGGAGUGUCAGGACGAACAGUCACAGAGCCAGCCCUGUCCCCAGCCCCCGUGCCCACCCCUGUGUCUGCAUGAUGCCCAACCCCGCGUCCUGGGAGACAGCUGGCUGCAAGGAGAGUGUCAGCGGUGCUCCUGCACCCCUGAGGGCGUGAUCUGUGAAGACACCCAGUGUGCAGUGCCUGGGGGCUGGACACUGUGGUCCCCCUGGUCUGACUGUCCUGUCUCCUGUGGAGGUGGAAACCAAGUCCGCACCCGCGCCUGCGUGGUAACAGCCCCUCACCACGGGGACUCUCCGUGCCAGGGUCCAGACACCCAGACCCAGCGCUGUGGGCAGCAGCUGUGUCUGCGGCUGCUGGAGGCCUGCUCCUGGGGCCCAUGGGGACCCUGUUCCCGCACCUGUGGCCCGGGCCUGGCCUCCCGCUCUGGGUCCUGCCCUUGCCUGCUGACAGAGGCUGACCCCGGGUGCAACGGCACCUUCCUGCACCUGGACACCCAGGCCUGCUACCCAGGGCCCUGCCGGGAGGACUGUGUGUGGAGCCGCUGGAGCAGCUGGACCCGCUGCUCGUGCCAGGUGUUGGUGCAGCAGCGCUACCGCCACCAGAGACCCGUGCCCAGCCGGGCUGGCCAGGGCGCCCCUUGCACACGUCUCGAUGGCCAUUUCCGGCCCUGCUCCAUCAGCAACUGCUCGGAAGAUGGCUGCACCCCUCCUUUUGAGUUCCAGGCCUGCGGCUCCCCCUGUGCCGGGCUCUGUACCACACACCUGCGUGGCCAACUCUGCCAGGACCUGCCACCCUGCCAGCCUGGUUGCUACUGUCCCAAGGGGCUGCUGGAGCAGGCCGGGGGCUGUAUUCUCCCAGAACAGUGUAACUGUUGGCACACCUCAGAAGAGGGGACUGGGGUGACUCUAGCCCCUGGAGAACGACUCCAGCUGGGCUGUAAGGAAUGCGAAUGCCGGCGUGGGGAGCUGCAGUGUACCAGCCGGGGCUGUGAAGGUCUUCUGCCUCUGAGUGGCUGGUCCGAGUGGUCGCCCUGUGGGCCUUGCCUACCCCGAAGUGCCCUGGCCUCAGUCUCCAGGAUCACUCUGGGGGAUCACUGGCCUCCGAACACAGCAGACUCCUCUUUAGCCUCCACCCCUCUGCUGGCUUCGGAGCAGCACCGACACCGCCUCUGCCUGGACCCUGAAACAGGGUUGCCCUGGGCCGGGGACCCGCACCUAUGCACUGCACCCCUCAGCCAGCACCGCGUCUGCUCUGACCCGGAUGCCUGCCACGACUUAUGCCAGUGGAAUCCCUGGGGGCCCUGGAGCUCCUGCCAGGUGCCCUGCAAUGGAGGGUUCCGGCUGCGCUGGAGAGAGGCAGGGGUGCCCCCUGGGGGAGGCUGCCGAGGGCCAUGGGGUCAGACAGAGAGCUGCAAUAUGGAGUCCUGCCCAGGGCAGACCUGUGAGACUCGGGGUUCGGUGUCCACCCUUGACUGUGCCAACAAGUGCCCUCGCAGCUGCAUCGACCUCUGGGACCGGGUGCAGUGUCUACAAGGACCGUGCAGCCCAGGCUGCCGAUGUCCCCCUGGGCAGCUGGUGCAGGAUGGACAUUGUGUGCCCAUCUCCUCUUGCCGCUGUGGUCUCCCCAGCACCAAUGCAUCAUCGGAGCUGGCUCCCGCCCAGGUGGUCCAGCUAGACUGCCAGAACUGCACCUGCAUCAACGGGUCCUUGCUGUGCACACACCAAGAAUGUCCAGACCUAGGCCCUUGGUCAGCCUGGAGCCCGUGCUCGGCCUCCUGUGGUGGGGGCACCAUGGAACGCCAUCGGAGCUGUGAGGAACAUCCUUCGGGGGCACCGUGUCAAGCCCAGGUCACAGAACAGCAGCAGGAGUGUAACCUGCAGCCCUGCCCUGAGUGUCCCCCUGGCCAGGUGCUCAGUGCCUGUGCCACCGUGUGCCCGAGUCUCUGCUCACACCUGCAGCCGGGCACUGCCUGUGAGCGGGGACCCUGCCAGCUUGGCUGUGGCUGCCCGGGGGCACAGCUGCUGCUCAAUGGCACCUGUGUGCCCCCCGAAGCCUGCCCCUGCACCCAGCUUUCUCUGCCCUGGGGCCUCACUCUCCCUCCCCAAGAUCAGGCCCAGGAGCUGCCAGCAGGGACUGUGCUCACCCAGAACUGCACGCGCUGCAUCUGCCAAGCUGGAGCCUUCAGCUGCUCCCCCACGGACUGUCAGGAGUGCCCCCCUGGGGAAAUGUGGCAGCAGGUGGCCCCCGGCGGUCUGGGGCCCUGUGAGCGGACUUGCGUGGAGAUAAACGCCACCGAGGCGCAGAGCAACUGCAGUGGCUCACCCGUCUCGGCCUGUGUGUGUCGACAAGGGUACUUCCGCAGCCGGGCAGGCCCCUGCGUCCCUGCAGACCACUGCGAGUGCUGGCACCACGGGCACGCCCAUCUGCCUGGAUCUGAAUGGGAGGAAGCCUGUGAGCGCUGCCGUUGCCUUGGUGGGAAGAGUAUCUGCAGCCAGCACUGUCCCCUCCUGGCCUGUGCUCAGGAGGAAGCGCUGGUCCAGGAGCCUGGGCGCUGUUGUCCCGCCUGUCACCGGAAGACCCUGGAGGAGCAGCUGGCCUCCUGCCGGCACCUCACAGAGCUUCGCAACCUCACCAAAGGACCCUGCCGCCUGGACCAGGUAGAAGUGAGCUACUGCAGUGGGCUCUGCCCAUCCAGCACCAACGUCAUGCCUGAGGAGCCGUACCUACACAGCCAGUGCGACUGCUGUAGCUACCGCCUGGACCCAGACAGCCCAGUGAGGAUCCUGAACCUGCGCUGUCCUGGCGGCCGCACAGAGCCAGUGGUGUUACCUGUCAUCCACAGCUGCCAGUGCAGUGCCUGCCAAGGAGGUGACUUCUCAAAGCACUGACAGGCUCUGCCAGUUGCAUCCACUGCUGUCCCUCAUGGGGCCAGAGGGCUUGUUAACGCUGAUCCCUUCUUCCACUUCCCAGUUGCCCACUUCCCAGCAGAUCCAUGCUCGGGCAGUAGCAUGCCCAAAUAA